ACGUUUCAUUCACUUUGAAUUUUUUGGACAGUAUAGUUGACUGUUAUAGUUGUCGAAUUUUCUAGUUCAAAUUCAAGGAACUCUUUGAAAUUCUUCACGAAUUUUUUCUGCGAAAGUCCUCACCAUGUUUGGAAAAAGCACAAACAAUCUGAGCGGAGAUGAGCUGCGCCGCGAAAUUCAGCUUAACAAGGAGCGAAUUUCGGAAUGGUCUGAAAUGGUCAACAAAUUUGGCGAACGCCUCAAAGAACUCGACCGUGAACACGACCAUCUUGCUUGCGAAGAAAAUCGCCUUCAGCUUGAGGUUGAGGGUAAGAAGCAAUUGGUGGCCGAGAGCCAAGCUGAGCUGAUAAAACUGGAGGAUGAGGUAAAAUCGGCCCGCAUGAGCGCAGAAAAAUCAGCAGCACGCCGGCUGCAGAUGGAACAGCAGGCUGCAACGAUGAAGAACACGUUGCAAAACCUUCUGCAGGCCGAGUACUCCAUGCAGCGGGAAGCAGCAGCCAAGAGGGAGGCGAUGGCCAACGAAUUCGAGCCGCAGCACGCGACGCGCGUGGCUCAAGAACGAAUGCUCGCCGAGGAAACCAUGGCUAUGAGACAUGAUGUGGAUCAACUGAAGGAGACGACCGAAAUGAUGCGCAACAAGGAGGAAGCGCGGCAGAUCGACGUGGCGGAAAAUCGAGAGAAGCUGACAGCUGCCGAAACUAAGAUGCAGGAGCUGCGACAAGCGUUAAAGGAGAAACAGGAGGAUUACGAGCGUAGGAAAAAGGACCUCUCCUCCGAGGUGGCAAAGAAGGAGCGCAUGUUGCACGACAGCGACCAGGAAUUGCGUGAUAAGAUUUUCGCACUCGCUGAGCUCAAUAGGGAGGUGGAAAAGAUAGAAAGCGACCACAACACGAUGGUGAAGAACAACGACAGCGUACAACAGCACAUUCACGCUGAGCGCGAGCAGGUUCGCAGCCUGCAGAUGGCCCUGGUGGAAAUCGAGACGAAGCACCACACGGAAGCAGAGCGCCUGACACGAUUGACGGCCGAGCUGGAGCAGGCCCAGAUCGACUACAAGCGCAAGAGCAAGCAGAUGGCUGAAAUGAUCGAAAGUGAGCAGCAAGCAGCCAUGAAUUACAUGAACCAGCUGGAGAGUGAGUUGGGUGAUGCCACUGCAGAGGAGGAUCGCGCCCGCUCUUCCAACAGACCGCAGAGAGGGACAGACCCAGAGUUUGAACAUCUGCAUAAUGAGGUCAACGAAAAAGUGCUCGAAUUGGCAAACUUGAAGCGCGAGCACGAGAAGAACUUGGAAGAAGCACACCAGGAGCACUGCCGCCGUAAGGCUCAGAUCGAAGUGAGCAACAACAACAUGAGCAGUGAGCAGCGCUUCUACCAGCUCGACCAGACUUAUCGCAAGGACAUGGAGUUGUUUGAGAAGCAAAAGGCGGUAGCUGAGCUCAAGCUGAGUGAGGCCACCAGUCAACUGGCAAACCUGCAAGCGGAGAUCAGUUCUCAACUCGCAGAAGUGUCACCAGACUUGUGGAAGCUGAGGCAAACCCUCAAGGAUGACGAGCAAUUUGAACAUACAAUUAACAAAAUGGCGAAGCAGAGGGAACUGAAUCUCCACCAGACCGACACCAGGCUCAAGCUUCUCAACCAGCAGAAGUCGGUUAUUGAGAAUAAGCUGACCCAGUUGAACAAAAACUGUGAGGUCAUGCAACGUCAGCUGGCUUCGAUGAAACAGAACAAGAGGAGCACCAGAAAUGCUGAUGACCAUAAGAAGAACACUGGGAUACUGGCGGUCAACACAACGACGACCAGGAUCUCAAUGCCAGCGAAGACCAAGUCUGCUUCAUCUGCCGACAAUAGAAACUAAACAGAAAAGACAAAAUAAAUUAGCGCCAUGAGUGAUCAGUUAUUAAAGUACUAUCUUUAUA